GUGUUAGUCCACAAGACACCUACAGGAGAAACAGACCAUUAUAACAAGGACACAAGUGCCAGCAAUCCAUGGGAAAUCAAGAAACUUCUCAAUGUAAGUUAUGUGACAAUGUAGUUGUGAGUUGCAAGUCUAACUAGUUUUAAGUCAUCCUUUUGGUUUUCUGGGAGGAAAAGGCAAAGAUGAUUUAGAUUAUUUUUAAACUGUAAAUUUUACAAAGUUUCUUGAUGAAGGUAUUAUUAUGUGGUCUCACAACAAUUGUGCUGAUAAAAUCUUGCAAACAGAAUCUUCUUAGUCCAUUCUGAUAUUCAUGCAUCAUUGUUUUUUUCCCUCUCCUCAUCGUUGGGAGAAACUUAAUCUGUAAUUUGUGAGCAGAACUGAAAUUUUUCUGUAAAAGUUUCCCACCCCUAAACUUAUCUUGUCCUUCAUGUUCAGUGUAGGGUAUUUUUAGUUCAUUUCAAUGCAGAGCUAUAUUAUAUUUGUCAGGCAUUCAGUCGGAAUGAAGAAUGGCGUCAAUACUGCCUUGCACAUCUGUUUACUUACCAAGACUUUGCUGAUGGUGUCAUUGGCCUGGCUUAUGUUGGCAAUCCUAAGAGCAACGCUGUGGGAGGAAUCUGUACAAAAAGUAAUGUACCUGCAACAACAUUUUUACAAACAAACUUAAAUAAAACAUAAUCCCCAAUGCUCAUGUCUGUACUAAAGAGUUUUAGAUCUAUGUUUGUUUCUGGGUAUGUGUUACUGCAGACCACUAGGAGUCACAAGUCACCCAUUUGCUGUUCGUGUUUGAACUUACGGCAAGGCCGUUUUGGGUGGUGCUUUUCUUCUUCCUGUUUGAAAGUUCUCACGCAUGUCCUGUAAAUAUAUGUGAGAUGAGGUCUCUUCUUUUUAGUAGACCAAAACCAAACUUCUUGCUACGUUAUGUGUUUGAAAUGAAGGACUUUCAUGCUUUUUGUAAUUCAAGAUGGUAGCACACAUGUUAGUUGUGAUGGCUUUAAAUUGUCAGGUGAAAGGUGACGUUGAUCAUAAAGGUUGAAAUCUUAAAAACUUCUAACUUCUAACCUCAAACCCCUAACCGCAGUUUGAGGUUUGUGGUUAACACACUAAAGGUAGAUCUAAAACUCUGCAGGAUCUAAUAACUUCUGAAAAAGUACUGUAGGACUGAAUUUAAGGUACAUCUACUUAUUAAACUUUAAUUCAGAGAAUAAAUUUAUCUGCGCUUUGACUUUUUUUUGAUUUAGUUUUUAAUUAGUAAAUUGCACAAAGAUGGACACAUAUGCUUUCUGAAAAUGAACUAUCUGUGACAAAAUGUCUACAAUGCAAAAUACUGGAAAGGAGAUGAUAUAUGACUGCAAUGAGAAUGUGGUUUACCCCUUGCAUUGGUCCAGUUAGUCAGAUAUUCUGAUAACGUUCUAUUUUUGGUGUUUAGGUAUUUCACAAAUAAUCGAUGGUUGUACCUGAACACUGGACUAAGUAGCAGUGUUAAUUGGGGCAGAAAACUCCUUACAGAAGAGGCUGACAUUGUUACUGCUCAUGGUACAGAAACUGUUAAACAAUUUUUAUUUGGUCUAAACUGCAUGUACACUGCAAACAAGUUUAUUCCCUUUCAGUUUGUUAGUUUGGCACACUUAAGUUACAUGCCUUAAAUUUUGGCACUAUACUGCUGUUUGAUAACCAGAAAGGGUUAAAAGUCAUCAAUGUAUGCCCUUGGCAGGGUUUGCACAGUUCCUGGAAAACCUGGAAAAGCCUUGAAUUUUAUUUUGACAUUAUCCAGGACUGGAAAGUCCUGUAAAAGGCUGCAGGUGCUUAACUCAAGCAAGACAUUAUUGUAGGCUGUAAGGAGAAUUGAUUUUGAACUCUUGGGAAUGGAGGGGUUGAAGGUGAACUUUGGAGUUCUGGAAAAGCCCCUGAUAUUUGUUGGCUAACAAGUUAUUACUGGGAACGAAGUAUAGAAAAUGUGGUAUGUUAUUUGUUGAAUGAACAACCGUCUAUUUAUGUCAUUCAUUUGAGAUGUCUUAAUUACAUAUUACAUUCAACCCAGUUGGUGCCACAGUCUCAGUCUGCAUGUUAUCUCAGAGAAAUAAUUAGUGAAGUACCUUAUUGCCUAUUUAUCAGGCCUGCCUAUUUAUAUUACGUUGCAUGAAUUAAUAGGCUUAUGUCACACUUGGUUGGUUUCUUAACUCUUAAGAAAGACAAUCAUUCGUUAAUUGGUGUCAAAAUGUUCACUAUCACCUUCAAUUAUUUUAAUUCUAUCAUUGUUGUCUUUUCUGUUUUAUGUCUGAUGGAUUACUCUCAAUGAUGAAAGAAAUUGGUAAGUGUAGUACACGAUGAAUCCUUGAUACUUCACUUUAUAGGAGAUCUUAGUAAAACAUUAUGCAACCUUACACCUGUUUGUACUGUGGGAAUUUUUUCAUGCACCUGGUAUGGAGCCAGGUGUAAAUUACAGGUAUAAAAAACAGUGGUCUAGUUCGGCUUUAGUGUCAAAAAAAUUUCAUCUGCCACAAGUUAAUUAAGGACAAUAAAGCGCCUUGAGUUUUGUUUAGCACUGCUCUGAGAAAAAGACGUACCCAAGAACACCGACUCAGUGUUUGCUCUGACAAAUGGCUCACAUGAUUUAUCAGCUUUUCCAUUUUUUUUCUUAAUGUCGAUUAAACCUCUGGGUGUAAAUUGUUAGUUCAUAAGUAUUCUAACCGAAAAAAAACCACAAAUUAUGGCAUUUCAACUUGUUAUACUAACAUGAUGUCAUGCUCUCAAAGGCUAACUGUGGAGGUGAUCCAACCAAUCAUCAUAUAAUAUGAUAGCGUUUUAUUUGAUGUGCACCACUGCUUAUUCAUUCUUCAGGACACAAUUUUGGCAGCGAACAUGACCCAGAGACAACAGAAUGUGCUCCACCAGAAUCUAAUGGAGGAAAAUUUAUCAUGUAUCCUGCCUCUGUCAGUGGACAGUGGAGAAACAACAAGGUACACAGACGCUCCACUGUAAUUUAACAGCUUGAGUAACUGAUAAACAUAUACACAAUCAAACUGAGUGCUAUUGCUUCUCAGGUCAACCGUUGGCCCAUAUUAGCGGACCACAUAAUGGAAUAUGGUGGAGAUGGUAAUGAAUGGGAAAGAAAUCGAGAAUUGAAUCACUCAGAUACUCCUUGAAAAAGGCUUAUAAACUGUAGUCGUUUAAAUGCGUGUAGUCUAUAGUCAAGCUGUGACUGCAAUGCUGCCAAUGCGUCCACGUGAUGGAAAUUAAUGAACCAUGGUUUCAAUUUUACAUAGGCUAUCAUACCUUAUUUCCUUGAAUUGGCACCCACCCCCUCGGCCAUUAUGUCAAACCAGCGCCACUCUUGAAUAGGCGCCCUUCUCCUCCUUUACUUUCUCACAUGAGUAGGGCUACAAGAAAGAAUUGUUUCUGUCGACACCUAAUUUAAAACUUUUUAAGCUUCAACUACAGCGGAAUCACUUGCAGUUAUUUCUAUCUCCAUAUUGACUGUACGUCUACGCGGAUAAUGUUGUUGUUGUUUUUUUGUUUUAAAGAGUUAGCCAAAAUAAACUUACAGAAGGGAAAACGUUUUAAGCGCCUUCCCUUUAAGCCCAAAAUUUCGAUAGGCGCCCGGGCGCUUAUUCGAGGAAACACGGUAUUUUGGCUGUGAUUUCAUUAAAAUUUUACAGUCUUUGAUUUACUUUUACAGCUGUUCUCUCCAUGCAGUAAGCGGAGGAUUCUAAAUGUCUUACAAUCCAAGUCGUUUUGUUUCUACGGUAUGUAAAAUUGAGAUCUAUCGUUUCAAGGAAUUUAUGGAAAAUAACGAAAUGAUCCUCACUGGUAGUCGAGGAAAUUUCAGAAAAAAGAUGCUUGGAAAAAAUUCAGGUUUUACUUGGUUUCGAUACUUUGUCGAAGGACAAAGGAAUUUACCCGCUGGGAACAUGAUAGUUCGAAGCUCGGUUGGUUGCACCGCCCAGCUUGUAUUCCGGAAGCACGGGUUUGAAACACGGCGAAGUCUGAAUUUUUCAAGAUCUUUUUGGGCAAUUUUUUUUAGGUGUAGUUCGCAUAUGUAGACAUUUUGUUAUCUGGCAUCAUCUACUCGUCAAAAGAUAAUUUAUUUCAUUUACACGAGAGUAAUAUAUGCGUCAGUUCUAAGGCUGUCACCUACGGCAGGCUGCACAUGUAGAUGAAACUGUUGUACUAGUUCAGUAGUUGCAGCAGAAUGAGGCUUGUUUAUCUGAAUUCACUUACAAUCAGCCUAAAAGUGAAACGACAUUGUGAUGAUAGGUUUAGCAUCUGAGAGAAUUUUUACCCUAGUGAAUAAUGUUUGACCCCUAAGGCGUGCUUAUAUGAGAAUACCAAUGCAAGUAGUGAUUGUACAUGCUUACCACCUAACUGUAUGAUCUGUUCCAACACAGAACCAAGGGCUGAAAUCUGUGGUAAUUACAAGAAAGAAAAAGAGGAAGAAUGUGAUCCCGGUGGCAUAGGUGCACAGGAAAGCCAAUGUUGUACCGCAAACUGCAAGCUGAAGGACUCAGCUCUCUGCAGGUUUGUGUUCCGAGUUUCUUAACCUUGUUAUUUAUACUUUUCCACUUCGAUCUUGUUGAUCUCUGGUUUCAAAUUUCAGAAAACUUGAGCUUUCAGCUUCCAGUCUACAUUCUUAAAAAACUAAAAUGUACAAACACAAGGCUGGAAACAUGCGAAAUGAAAGUGUGAAAAAUUGUUAAUUUCGAAACCCGGUGGAAAGAAUUAUGUAAAGGGAAUGUGGAACAUUCUAAAAAUUGUGAAGUAAAAAAAAAAUUUUAAGUUCGGUGAUGGAAUAAAAUUUUUAAGCAGAGAAUUCUUUUUACUGGAAUAUCCACAAUUAAUUUGUUAAAGAAGAUGUUUUUCAGUGAAUGACACAGGCAUAGUCUGGGAAAAAGAACUCCGAGUGCUCUCAAUAGGAGUCGAACCUAGGACCCUCCAAUUAGCACUUCGGAUGCUCUACCACGGAGCUUUAGAAGACUCGUUUAACAAGGUCCAUAGAGACAAACUUCCUGCAUACUACGAGGAUGUGAUGCUUAUGUGCAAUGAUGAUGUAAAGAGAGACAGUGAAUUUUAUGCCUGGUGUUGUUAGUGAAGGUGCAUGUUUUUUCAUACAGUGAUGGCUAUGACUCACCGUGCUGCAAGGACUGUUUGUACAACAAUUCCACGGGAAUUCUGUGUCGUGAAGCUGAUCCAACCACCUGUAAAGGCAGCACUUACUGUGACGGGAAGAGUGCCCAAUGCCCUGCAGCACCUAACAUGCCGGAUGGAGCUAAAUGCAUUGACAGGUUAAUAUGUUGUCCUUACUGGGAUGAUAACCACAAAUCAGUCAUACGUGUGCUGCUUACCUUUCUGUUUGACGGUUCAAAAGUGCUGAUACACUGAUAACUCAUGAGAGUAAAAGGCUUUAGUAGAUAUUUACAUCAAACUGUUUGUAAUUUCAGUAACUUUGGGAAGUCGAAGAAAACUCUCUCAGCCAAAUAUCCUCUUGCAUUUCUUUACAUAAUUUUGGAUUAACGACAGCAGCUGAGCAACUGCGCACGAACCCCUUCCCCAACUAAAACAGUAGGGUUAGGGUUAGACCGAUGAGGUACUGAAAAGUAAACAAUCUAUGUGUGGCCAACAAAGUGAGUUGUUGAAUAUUUUCAGUGGGACAUGCCGAAAUGGAGUGUGUAAACCUUUCUGUGAAGCCCUUAAUCUGAAGCCAUGUAAAUGUUCCGGUGUGGAUGAUUCCUGUAAAGUUUGCUGUCAGGGAAGCAAUGGAAUUUGUGCUCCUCACAGAGACAACGAUACUGGUUCAACAUUGGACAUCCUUGAUGGGCGAUCCUGUCAGGGGGAGGGUCAGCAGGGUACCUGUGUCAAGGUGACUUACUUACUUGAGUAUAGCCUGCAGUGCAGUCGUCUUAUUAUAGCUAACGUCACAAGCUCACGAUCAUUUAUCCCACCUGCCAUGUUUGAUUUGAAGUGAGGGUGGACGGUGGGGGUGGGGGGCGGGGUAAGGGCGAGAAGACUCUUCACUCCCCCACCCCAAGUCCUCUCCUUAUUUUGACCGUCGACCGCCCCCUAGGUAAAAAAAUUUCUUUCUAUCUCCAGCCUUCCGCUGCCAUCAAAAUCAAAGAUGGCGGCCAUAAUUUUCGUUUAGAAAAUACUGAGCACUCGUUCGUUAAAAUUACGCCUGCUCUGCAGGCUAACUUACGUGGCGAAUGGUAUUUAAUUUUUAAACAACAACAUACCCAACAUACAACAUACCCUUCGCAAAGGGUAUGUGCUAUCCACGUGAUACUGACAGGUGACAUUCACUCAAUUUUGUUUGUUUGUUUUAUCAGGGCAAAUGUGAGAAAUUAAGUCAAGAUCUUGUAGAGAGAUUUUGGACAUUUAUAACCACCCUGGACAGUAAUAUAGUCGCUCAGUUCAUGAAGGACAAUCUGGCUGGGACAGUUGUGGUGUUCUCAUUACUGAUUUGGGUUCCCGCCAGUUGUUAUGUUAAUCGAAUUGUAAGUGAAUUAGAACUAGUCUACAGACGGCCACAUGUAUCAGGCUUUUCUCACUCUGGUUGGCUUUAUUUUCCUAAACCCCUGUUUGCAUUACCUGUUACAACAAAUGCCAUAAACUUAUACUGGAAUUUAAAAAUACUGUUGUAAGGAGUAGGAAAAUCAGACCGUGAUCUACUACAUGUAGGAGGACGGAGCCAGUGGAGUUUGAAAUCAAUGAAUACUAACAGCAAAAGCUGGCCUCUGAGUAGUGAUUAAUUAAUAAAUAUUCACCGAAAUGGAGGUAGCUGGAGGUGAAUAGUCGUUUUAGUAUUUACUAGAACAGUGAGAUGAAAACAGCACAAAAAGAUGAUCAUAAUUUAUUCCUGCAAAGAUUGCGAUAUUUUCGGGUGCAAAUCUCGCCCGAGUUGCUCGAAGGUGAAUAGCCUCAGAGCGCGCCUUCGACGCUAUCCAUUGGCGUACAAAUUGACAUCGCUGUCUAUUUUGUGUAAGAUUCAUCGAGUGCACUGACCCUCGAUUAACAAUCACUUUCUUCUCAACAUGCUCAGCGAGGAGACGUAAAGGCAAAAAAACCGUUACGAUUUUACUGAAGUGUUUCUUCUCUUAACUAAUGUGAUAUUUAUGUUUUAAUCCUGUGUGUUUGGCGUGAUGUUUGUUUUACACUUGUCCUAUUUUAUUUCCAAACUCGUGUUGUAGGACAGGAAGCAUGACAAGAGAGAAUCGUUAGAAGCGGAAUGGAGAGACCCCAAGGUAUACAAAUACAUGUCACCAUUUCUCCCUCGUCUCAAUUCAUACGCUCUAUAGUUUGUUCAUUCCCUUGAAUAGUAAUACAAAACAAACAAAUAAAUCUUCUCAAACAUUGGAAAAGAAAUGCGCGUGAUCAAAAAAAUUACUUUCGAACUAUAACUGAUUUUUAACACUCGGUGAGGUUUCUCCAGUCAUGGAAAUGUCGUCUUGCGGUGUACAGCAGUGAUUCAGAUUCAAAUGGUGCUGUGUACCAAAGUUUGUCAGUCAGUGUGAUAGAAACCCUAUCAUGUCAGUACUAUUUUCUCUAACAAUCUUGAAGCUUUGGUCAAUAUACGAGGGGCAAACUGCCAUCCAUCCUAAAUGAAAACGAAACUUGUUUUCUGGGUCAUAACACGAAGCGCAGGACCAGCUUCGAGAAAAUAUAAACCUGGGUAUGGCGUUGCUUCUAUCACAUAUCGCAAAAUAAUCGAGAUACUUCGAGCGCCCUGAUUGGCCAAGAACCUCUCUUUUAUUGCACCGGCAAACCCAUAGUUACUAAUAUAAGCGAUCCUCUCUUAACUAGUAGUUGAAAUAAGGCCUGAAAAAAAAAAUUUAGUAUGGGAUUUGAACCCGUGACCUUUGCGAUACCGGUGCAGCGCUCUACCAACUGAGCUAAUAAGACAACGGAGCGCUUUUCAUUUAGUUGGAUCCAAAUUAACCUACCUAGUGGUGAAUACUAAUUGUAAAUGUAUGAAAAUCAUAAAAGUGUGCUGCGGUAGAAGAAACGAAUGUAAGUGGUCCUCGCAGUUAUGAGCACUACUGAACUAGUAGUUGAAACAAGGCCUAAGGAAAAAAAAAUUCAGGCCCGUACGGGAUUUGAACUCAUGACCUGUGCGAUACCGGUGCAGCGCUCUACCAACUGAGCUAACAAGCCAAGUGGGAGUUAUUCAAUAUGUUGGAUUCAAUUAAACCUUCCAAGUGGUGAAUAAUGCCUGUAAAUAUAUGAAAAUCAUGUAUGUGCGCUGUGGUAGAAUACAUGAAUAGAAGCGAUCCUCGCAGUUAUGAACACUGUUGAACUAGUAGUUUGUAGAGCGCUGUACCGGUAUCGCAGAGGUCAUGGGUUCAAAUCCCGUACGGGUCUGAAAAUUUUUUUCAGGCCUUAUUUCAACUACUAGUUCAGUAGUGUUCAUAACUGCGAGGAUCGCUUAUUUUCGUUUCUUCUACCGCAGUGCACAGAUAUGAUCUCCAUAUAUUUACAGUCACUGAACCCAUAGUUAUUUUCUCAGUUAUAAGACAAUGAACGGCGCUUUCUAUCGGUUUCCAGCUCGUGAUUUUUCUCGUGUUCUCCCAACAUCUUGCAUAUGUUAUUACGCCAGUAGACCGAUAGAAAGUGUGGACUAUUGUAAAAAUUGAAACUCUUCACAUUCUACCGCGCACCUGAUGCUAAGCAUUUUUGUCAUCCCGCCUACUGGUUCACUUUAAUAUGAUCAGCCGUACUCCGCUUAACAAAAUGUAUAUUAACAAGUUUCCGCUUCUUCAACAGAACACUCAGCUUCUUCGUCAGCCGGUGCCAACAAAUAAAGGAAAAUUUGUUUACAGGCAAGACUCUAUAACGAGAUCUUCACAAGCUGACAAGCCUUUCAAAAUUAAACCGAAGAACAUUAGGACGCACAGAACCCUCAGCUUGAAUACACCGCACAAAGAG